CGAACAUCACUAUGACUACCCCCAGGAAAUUCCAUCGGUGAAUCUGUAGAUUUAAUGUGUAACGGGUUCUUCUUGUUGUUUGGAGAAACUACCAAGCGAGAUGGAUAAAAAUGUAAUUAUUUUUUCUGCAAUAACUGUAUCUAGGUGGCCCUUUUCUAAAAACAGGGUCCUUGUCGCCUCCAUUUCAUUUUUAUUCUUAACGUUAUUUCUAUUGGCCAAUGAUGCACAUACUACCCUAUAUUCUAGAAGGCAUGAGUUACCUCUUACAAACAGGAACGGGGAUGAGGAGAGGAACGAAUCAAAACAAGUUACAGUCGCAAAUGUCUCCUGUAAUGAAUUAAUGAUAAACCAUGGAUGUUAUCAAAUUGCCCAAGGCGAACAUGAAAAGCCAAUGUACAAGCCACUGGACUUGACGAAGUUAAUACGACUCAAUUGUUCUAGAAGGGCGCCCUCUGCAAUCGUAAUAGGAACCAAGAAAAGUGGCACGACGACGCUCAAGAACUUUCUAAGUUAUCAUCCAGAUGUUGCGUUUGCGGAGAAAGAACUGAAGUUCAUCAACAAUAACGACCUCAGUGAUUUAAAUAAGUACAUAGCCGUAAUGCCAUACUCGACACCUCACCAAAUAACCAUGGAAAAAACUCCAGGAUACUUCAUUCGUCUUAAGGUGCCCAGUCGAAUAAAAAGUGCCAUUCCCAAUGUGAAAUUGAUCGUCAUUAUCCGCAAUCCCGUCAAUCGCGCCAUCUCAGAUUUCGUGCACAUGAGAUACAGUGAUGAAACGCGAGUUGGUGGUGCAAAAUUGCUUAAAAGAUCACCAAAGCCCGGGAUGAUUAGGUAUGAAGUUUCUCAAACGUUUAGAGAAUCCGUGCUUUUUGAGAAUGGCUCUGUCAGGGAGAACAAUGCACUCAUCGACACUGGUAUCUACGUUAAAUAUUUUCGCAUGUGGCUUCAGUACUUUCCUUUGGACCAGUUUCUUAUCCUUGACGGGGAGGAAUUCGUCAAAGCUCCAACUCCCACCAUGCACCGUGUGGAAUCCUUCCUGGAUAUCAGACCAUUUUUCACGGAGGACCACUUUUAUUUUAAUGAAGAGAAGAAGUUCCACUGUUUGAAAAAACCGCUUAAUACUUGUAUGUCGAAAAAUAAAGGAAGGCCACACCCCUACGUGGAUGAAGAUGUCAUCGAAAAGUUAAAUGAUUUUUAUGCGCCCUUUAACAAGAAAUUAGAAAAGUUGUUAAACAGAACGUUUUCAUGGUAAUGGCUUGUGAUUUUGUCUGCAAGUUUUGUAAGAAUGUUAUUAACCUUUUUUAUAUCUUAUUACUGUGCACUUUCAGAUGGGAUCCUUGAAUACUUUCGAUAGUUUGAGCCCCUUAGUUUUGAAUGAAUGCUUUAAUUUGCAUAAUGCUAGCCCAUCAGGACCGGAGUGAUAAUCAGAAAAUUGCUCAUAGAUUUAAAACCUGUAACGUUAGUAAAUGUAUAGAAUAUUUCUUUUUUCAAUUCACUAGUAAAUAAAAUGAAAAAAAAAGAAUGUGGGAAAAAACAAAUAUAUAUAUAUCCAUGAAAACCAUUUCUCAAGGGAUUUAUGAAGAUACAAUAUUCUAAUAGUUUUUUUUUAUAUACAAUUACGAAAUAUUCUAGUUUCAAAUGUCUUUUAUUAUAAAAUAAAAUAACAUGACUAAAUUAGCUACUCCAGAUUCUGAGUAUGACAUUUCUACUUCAAAUGCAUCAGAUGAUCAUACAGUCACCAUUUUUUAUUAUUUUUAGAUGAACAAAUAUAAAGAUAGUCAAUUGACUCUAUAAGACUAUAUUUUUUACCAGACUAGCUUUAGUGAGUGUUUGUAUGUGUAUAACGAUAAUGCAAUGUACGUUAUUUAAGAAUACCAUGUGAAGUGUGUGAAAAUAAUCUAUGAGAUAUUUUGUGAAUGUAGGAUUUCAGAUUUAAAAGAACAUUUUCUGAA